AUGGGGCACCCAGAGCCGACCCUGCCCCCGGCGCCCGAGGCAGGCCACGCCAGUUACAUAAAGGGCUUAUAUAAAGGGCUCAGCCGGCGGGGCCACAUGGGCUGUAGCGAGAGGAGGUGCAGAAGAGUCAGUGGGGCCAACAGCUGUAGGUGCCCGCUCUUCACCACGGACAACAUACCUGCAGCCACGGCCCCGCCGCGGCCGCUCUGGGCGGCGAGGGCAGCCCAGUCCCCUGGGCAUCCCCAGGACGGAGCGGACCAUCAACCCUCAAGGGGGAAGAAGAGGAAGAGGGCAGCCCAGGGGCGACAAGCCUUGAACCAGGUCCCAGCCCGAAGUCCCGCUCCGCCGCGUUCCGGGGCCGGACGGAGGGAUGAAGAAAGGGGGACCCCGGCAGCGCCGUUGCUGCUCCCCCCGCAGCCCGCAGCCAUGGAAACGGGCGAGGAGGACGGUGUUCGCCGAGGGACACAAAGCGGUGAGCGGAAAAGGCGAAGCCCAGGGCUCCGGGCGCCCAGCGCAAAGCUGAGGCCGGCGGCAGCGGCCCAGGCCCAGGCCCAGGCUCAGGCCCAGGCCCAGGCCAUGGAGGCGGCCGCGGAAGAAGAGGCGGCCGCGGGCAAGGCCUACCUGGCGGCAGCGCUGAGGCGGCGGGAGGCGUCGGCGCGGCCGCGGUACAGCUUGCUGGCGGAGAUCGGGCGCGGCAGCUACGGCGUGGUGUACGAGGCGGUGGCCGGGCGCAGCGGGGCCCGGGUAGCCGUGAAGAAGAUCCGCUGCGACGCUCCCGAGAACGUGGAGCUGGCGCUGGCCGAGUUCUGGGCCCUGACCAGCCUCAAGCGGCGCCACCAGAACGUGGUGCAGUUCGAGGAGUGCGUCCUGCAGCGCAACGGGUUGGCCCAGCGCAUGAGCCACGGCAACAAGAGCUCGCAGCUGUACCUGCGCCUAGUGGAGACUUCGCUCAAAGGUGAAAGGAUUCUGGGUUAUGCAGAGGAGCCCUGCUAUCUCUGGUUUGUCAUGGAGUUCUGUGAAGGGGGAGAUCUGAAUCAGUAUGUGCUGUCCCGGCGGCCAGACCCAGCCACCAACCGAAGCUUCAUGCUGCAGCUUACCAGUGCCAUCGCCUUCCUACACAAAAACCACAUCGUACACAGGGACCUCAAGCCUGACAACAUCCUAAUCACUGAGAGAUCUGGGGUCCCUGUCCUUAAGGUUGCUGACUUUGGACUCAGCAAAGUCUGUGCUGGGCUAGCACCUCGAGGGAAAGAGGGCGGUCAGGACAACAAAAAUGUGAAUGUGAAUAAAUACUGGUUGUCCUCAGCCUGUGGCUCUGACUUCUACAUGGCCCCUGAGGUCUGGGAGGGGCACUACACAGCCAAGGCGGACAUCUUUGCCCUAGGCAUUAUUAUUUGGGCUAUGAUAGAGCGGAUCACGUUCAUUGACUCCGAGACCAAGAAGGAACUGCUGGGGACUUACAUCAAACAGGGGACAGAGAUUGUACCCGUAGGGGAAGCGCUGCUAGAGAACCCAAAGAUGGAGUUGCACAUCCCCCAGAAACGCAGGACUUCCAUGUCUGAGGGGAUCAAGCAGCUCUUGAAAGAUAUGUUAGCUGCUAACCCACAAGACCGACCUGAUGCCUUUGAGCUUGAAACAAGAAUGGACCAAGUCACAUGUGCUGCUUAAA